UCAAUCUGUAAACGCAUCCUGCUGUGUAUAAAAUCCAUCAAACUGCGAUCCCGCUUUUAAUCUUGCAAAAUGUCCCGUGGGCUUAAGCUGUACUAUGACUUCAUGUCGCAGCCAUCAAGAGCGCUGUACAUUUUCUUAUCGAAAAACAGGAUACCCUUCGUGCCGUGUCCGGUAGCAUUGCGCAAAUUCGAGCAGAAAUCCGCCGAGUAUCGGAAUAACGUCAACCGCUUCGGUAAGGUACCGUGCAUCGUGGAGCAGGAUUUCCGGUUGGCAGAAAGCGUUGCCAUUUACCGGUACCUUUGCCGGGAAUACACCGUGGAACCACACUGGUAUCCUGCGAACGACACGGUUCGACAGGCGCGGAUCGACGAGUACCUCUCCUGGCAGCAUCUGAACUUAAGGGCCGAUGUAUCGCUAUAUUUCUUUCACGUAUGGCUCAACCCGCUGAUGGGCAAGGAGGUCGAUGCUGGCAAAUCCGGACGUUUGCUCGAGCGGCUCAAUCGUGGGCUGGACUUUUUCGAGCAGCAGUUGUUGGUCAACGGCAAUCAGCCGUUUCUGACCGGUGAGACAAUCAGCAUCGCUGAUUUAUCGGCAGCUUGCGAGAUAGAGCAGGCCAAAAUUGCAGGAUAUGAUCCAUGCGUUGGUCGACCUGUCCUUAGCAAUUGGAUGAAAACCGUACGGGAACGAACCAAUCCAUUUUACGACGAGGCACACAAAUUCGUGUAUCGCUUGGCUCCGGACCACAUUCCGAAGCCGGUUGUCCCGGACGUUGAUGAAUAGGAUGCAAGAAUAGCAUUUCACGCAAAGUUAACAGGCAAACGAAUUCCUAAGGGCUGCCAUGGAAAUUAAAUGCCUUGUUUUUUAUGCUUAUCAUGCUAUUGUGUAAUCUAUCUGUUUUCGGUGAGUUUUUUUUUUCACAAACUCAUGUCUUAUCAUCAAGACGUUGCGCUAGAUCGUGAAAAUUUAUUUACAUGGAAUAUAGUUAGAAUAACAAUAUGUUAAUAAUAGUAUUCAAUGGCAUGAUAAUUCAAAAUAUACCAAAUUAUGAGUAGCUGAUGAAACGGUGCAGAAUAUAUCCUAUGUGAAAAAAUCAGUAAAUAUCCAAAGCGAAAUUUACUAAGCUGGUGGUGGAGAAAAGUCUU